GGGAGGGACUCAGCUGAAAGCCCAGCAUUGGGGAUCUGUUGUGAGCAUCUGUCAGUGAGUGACGGCACCCCCUGCUCCUGCCCCAUGGAAACCAUGGUGCUGGGAUGGAUGCCCAGGGCUGGACUCCUGCUGCUGCCCCUUCUCCUCUGCUUCGGGCCAGAGACCGCCAGGAGCAUCAACCCAGCUGCGCUCAGAGUGAUUGUGAAUUAUGUUGAUAGGUUUCGCCCCGACAAGGACGGCCAAUAUGCAGUCGCGGUGAGCCUGCCCCAGGCGGCGUGUAAUCUCCUCGAAGAGCAGCAGCUGAGGGUGUACCUGAGUGAGGCAGAGCUGAACGAGAUGAAGGCUAAACUCAACAGCAAGGAGCUGUUCGAGGGCCAGAACAUCGCAGCCGCCCGGCACAGGUUCCAGAAGAAGAACUCCACCCUGCACUCUGAGUUCCUGCUGCUCAGCCCAGACCAGAACAACGUCAGCGCUGUCUCCCGCCUCCUGGACAAGACCCGGGGCCAGGAGGCCUGCCCAGAAACCCAUGUCCCGGGCAAGGAAUGCGGCAACAACUGCUACAAGAAGUGGUCCCCAGGCGAACCCUGUAGUUGGAACAGCUGCCUUAUCUUCUUCACCAAGAACUCGCCGUGCCUGGGCAUCUGCCUUAACGCCUCGAGCUGCUUCUACAUCCGGGACCUCAUGGAUGGGGUCUUCGGUGCCAUCAACAACAACUUCCGGGCCUUGGCCUUCCGGCAGGUCUACCAACCAGACAAGGCCCAGAAGCGGAAGGCAUUGUGGGAAGCCUGGCAAACCGUCCCAAACGCCCCGAUGUACAAGUGUGAUAACAAUGGCUGCGCCAGCUGUGAGGAGAAGAACCUCAGCCAGAACCCCUGCCUCGAGGGGGUGCCAGAGAUGAGAGCCAAGCCACAGAGAGCCCACGGGUGAUGGGAUCCCAGUGAGGAUGAGUUGGCUGGCUGGGACACAACCAGUCAACACACCAGUCAAUCCGUCUCCCUAACGUGCCCCUCUGUCUCUCUGGCUAACACACCCGCCUCUCUGUCACACUCCCUAUCUAGCCAUUGCCAUAGAUACUGGGGGGGCUGCAAUCCCUCCCCUUUGCUCUCAUUUCUAGGGUGCCCACCACCCUGGUACAGCAGUCCUGGAUUUUCCCUGAAAUCUCUCUCGCUCUCUGGGGCCGCAGCCCCAUCUGUGUCAUGUGGGUGCAAUUCCAGUGUGGCGCACUGAGUCCAAACAGGGGUGGCAUGGAUGGGACAAGUCAGUGGAUGAGGCAGACCCGGGGCACAAUUGGAAGGGGCGGAGGUGGCAGAUGGGAGAUGGGAUAUGGCGAGGGGUGGGCCAGAUGGGGGAUGGGACAUGGUGGGGGGGGGCGGUCAGGUAGGGGAUGGGAUGUAGCAAGGGAUGGAACAGAUGGGGGAUGGGAUGUGAGGUGAGGGGCAGGGCAGGGCAGAGGGGGGAUGGGACGUGUGGGGAGGAGCGGGAAAUGUGGGAUAGAACAUGAGGCUGGGCCAGACUGGGGUGGGGGAUGGGAGGUGGCGAGGGCUGGGCAGACUCCAGACUCCAGGGUUAGCAUAUUUGAACUUUCAAAAAAGAGGACACUCCACGGGGGGGGGAGUGUAGCCCCACCCCCUAGCCACUCCCUCCGACUUCCCGCCCCCUGACUGCCCCCCACAGAACCCCCAACCCAUCCAACCCCCCCGCUCCUUGUCCCCUGAUCGCCCCCUCCCGGGACCCCUGCACCUAACGGCCCCCCGGGACCCCACCCCCUAUCUAAGCCGCCCUUCUCCUUGUCCCUGACUGCUCCCUCUUGAGACCCCUCCCCACCCUAACUGCCCCCCUAGGAUCCCACUCCAUACCUGUCCCCUGACUGUUCUGACUCCUAUCCACACCCCCGCCCCUGCCAGAUACCCGGGGCUCCACGCCUAUCCAACUGCUCCCUGUCCCCUAUCUGCCCCCCGGAUCCCAUGCCCCUUCUCCAAUUCCCUGGUCCCCUUUCCGUGCCACUUAAAGCAGAGUGUCCGGCUCCGCACCCAAGGGAGCGCCCAGCCCAGCCCGAACGCUGCCGGCGGCAUGCUGAAGCUGCAGGGGAGUGGGGAAGUGGGAGAGGGGCUUUGGCUGCCGGAGAGGCCCCACGCGAGUGGCUCAGUCCAGCGUGGCCACCCUGUCAGCUGCUUUUUGGUCUUUAAAUAGCUGUCCGGGGCCUCACGUCUCUAUCUAUCUGCCCGGCACCCAUACCUCUGUCCAUGUGUCCGGCUCUCUCCAGCCCUGUAGGGCUAACCAAAAACAGCACAAUCAGAGGAUGUGGGAGGAGGCAGAACACGUCCGUCUGUACUUCAGCGAGAGUGGAUUUCUCUGUCUGUGCCAGCACAAUGUGACAAAAUGAGACAGCUGGGCUCUGGCCCAUUGACUUCAAGGGAUCGGGGCCAUUGACUCUGGACUUGCUUUUGGCCCAUGGACUCUCCCUAGUGAGGCCAUGUCUGUGGGCCGUGUGUGGUGUUUGGGUCCGGAGCCCGAGAAUCCAUCAGUCUGUCUGUCAGCAGGUUAUUUUGGGUGUGAGUCUUUCAGGGAAACGAUUCUCAGGGGUUUAGUUCCUGUGAGGGGGGUUGAAGUAACUCCCCAGACAGCACCAAGCUCGUGUCACUGCCCUGGGAUCGGAGUGAGGGGAGUGACUAUUAUGGGCCAGACCCCGUGCUGGUGCUGAACUCAAGGGGGUCAUGCCGAUCACACCAGCUGGGAUCUGUCCCUGUCUGCUCAAUCUGUCUCCAUUUCCCCACUCCAAGGGGGUGAAAAAACAAACCAGCCCCUGACCCGGCCUGCACACACAGCC